AUGCCGAAAACCAGCCUGUCUCGUGUCAUAUCUCCAAAGGGUCGGGUGCGGUUCGUCUCCUUGAGAACCUACCCCCGUCCCAACGCUAUACUGGCGCUUCCUCGGAAGUCCCAAAGACUUGGUGUGCAGAAGCCGCAGAGUAAUGUAUGGCCGAGAGGGUUUCAGACUGGACAGACGCGAAAUAUGCCUGUCCAAGAAACAACAAAGAAUGAUGCCAAGUUUCCGCAACCGCCACCAGAGAAAGACUCAACGUCGACUCGACCAGUAGUUGUGGACGCGAAUGGGAAAAAGUAUUACAGCCUCAAGAACUACAGGGAGGGACCGAACCCGGAGAGCGGCGAGCUGGGUAAGGAGUAUAAUUCGGACGAUGUAAGGACUCACAACAGGGAUGUGGACGAUAGGCAUAAGAAGGAUUGA